AUGCAGCAUGCGGCGCUUGGAAAGGUGUCUAGCAUUAAUAGUUAUGCUCCUUUUGAAGACUGUGCAUCUUUCUUUGCUGGAUUAAAUAUCGAUGCUGCAAUGAUCAUGCGCGACUACAGGGUCGAAGAGUUCGAGCAUGCCGUUUUCCGUGGUGUGGACCUUGAUGAGACAUUCCGGCUUCAAAGUAUCGAAGAGGCGAAGAGGCGUUUCGAUUACGGGCACCACUCACUUAUAGCCAGCAAUUUUUGGGCAAACCAACAAUCUCGGGGCAAGCAUGUUACGGUUGUGGCCGACCAACCUGCCUAUAUACUGCGCUUGACAACAAGAUUCGUGGCAAGCCUAGAUGAGCUGAUGAGCACCAAAGGUAUGGUUUUGACCGUACGAGACAGCAUUUCGGUCGCCGUCCUCAGAUUGCACGUUUUGUAUGCGCGGGUCUCUUCGAUGUACGCCAACUCACCAACCCCAAAAUGCGAGAGUGAUGACAGCACAGUGGUUUCUCUGAUGCGAGAGAUGGUAGAAUGGGGCGAAAAGAUUGUGUCCUUUCUCCUCAGCAUAACAACCCAAGUAGCGAGAUCCUACUGUUUGGGCAUGGGCUACAUUAUACCAUUAUUCACAGUGGCAAGCAAAUGCCCCGAUAGAAGCCUCCGCCGAGCCUCUAUUCGUCUUCUCAGCUCAAUAUCGCGUCAAGAGGGCCUUUGGAACAGUAUCGUCGUAGCACGAGCAGCCGAGAGGAUCACAGAGAUCGAGGAGAGCCAUGGUGUUUUUCUGAGUGGGGUUAUCGAUGAGGAUAUCGUCGAAUCGCGUCCUAUUGACGGGCCAAGUGUUCUGCAAAUCGACGGUAUUGGGUAUUAG